AUGGGGCCUGAUCUGACAGGAGAGAGUAACACUAGUACUGCCUUUGAUGUCCUCAAAAACGCAACGGCUCAGAAGACGAACGCCGCAGCCUCAGAAGGGCAGAGGGAUGUUCAUAUGGCUAAGGAUGCCGGCGCAAGUUAUCUAGACCAGGCAAAGACAAUGGUGGAGAGUAUUGUCACUUCUGCUCAGGACUAUCUUCACGGCAGCACGGAUUCCCGAUCUUCAGCUGGACCAGCCACUUCAAGUAGGACAGGAGGUGACGUCAUAUCAUCUUUGCAGACGUCGGCAUCUUCUGCUGUUGGAACCGCUCAGCAGUAUCUUGCAUCUGCACAAGCUGCCGCACAGCCGCAGGUCGACAAAGCACGUGAGACAGCAGAAGGUUAUCUUGGGAUGCACUCUGGCACCUCGCCUUCUAAUGCAGUUACCCCACCCGGGUCAACCACGCGCCCCACCACUGGCGUGCCCUUGAGUGGCGCUGCGAACUCACUCUUGGAUGACCGUGAAGGCAACCUUUGUGUGAAAAUUUGA